CGCCGACCGGGCGCGAUGACUGUCGACAGCACGACCUUGAGCACUCGCCUUGACCACCAGCGACUCCCGCAAUAGCCCCCGUCUUAUAUAUACCUCCGUCAUCCUAACAAUGAUUCAAAGAUGAGCUCCACCAACUUUGCCGCUGCUCAGGAGCGGGUUCUGGAACGUCGCCGUCUGCGCGAGGCCGAAGCUCGCACCCGGCUUGCGGAGCAGCAGCGGACGUCGCCGCUCAAUCAUGCCGCCCUCCAACGACUCCCGUAUCCUCUAAACAAACUACCUCAGUCAGGACUGUCGCUAUGGAACGCCAUUAGGGGCCGGGAGGGCACCAGGCCUGCGUUUCGUGUUGGUCAGGUCGACGCCGAAUUGCUGGAUGAAGAAUUACUGGGACUGUUGAAGGGGCAGGUCGGGGAUGCUUUGAAGUAUUAUGGGCCUCAAAUGCGAGAAGAUUGGUCUCACGAAAUCCAGUUCGCCCUUCGUGCGAUCCUAUUCAAGCUAUCGAUAUGGGAUCACGAUUCCUCCUACGGUGCUGCGUUGCAGAACCUGAAGUACAUCGAUAGCCGCAGCAAAGGCCCGGUUCAUUCGGCUCCGACAAAAUGGCAGAAAUCUGUAUACGGGUUGCUGACUGUCGGGGGCCGCUAUGCGUGGGGGAAAUGGGAAAGCUGGCUGAUCAAUCAAGAAAGUGGCUACGAAGAACCAUCACAAGAAGUGCGAAUGCUGGCCCGCAUGACAGAUCUCGUUUCGGCGACUCACUCGAUCGCCGCCUUCGUCUCCUUCCUUGUGUUCUUGGUUAAUGGCCGAUACCGGACACUGGUCGACCGUAUACUUCGCAUACGUCUUGCCCCGCCUUCUGCACAGGCGAGCCGGGAAGUAUCAUUCGAAUAUCUGAACAGACAACUUGUUUGGCACGCAUUUACAGAGUUUCUUCUCUUCCUGCUACCGCUCGUUGGAAUAAGCCGGUGGCGCCGAUGGCUAUCCAGGCUGUGGCGCAAGACGGUCUCUGCCCUCAAAGCCGGCAGCGAGGAGAAUGAGUCGAACACGAAGCAGGGAGAACUUGCGUUCUUACCCGAGAGGACCUGCGCUAUAUGCUAUAAGGACAACAACCCCACAUCUGCGACCGAGGGUGAAGCGAUAGCCGCGUCGGCUUCCUCUGGCGGGAUUGUUGGGUCAGCCCAAACAGACAUCACCAAUCCUUAUGAAACAAUACCCUGCGGCUGUAUAUACUGUUUUGUCUGCAUUGUGCAGAAACUGGAGGGCGAAGAAGGGGAGGGCUGGGUGUGUCUGCGCUGCGGCGAGAUUGUCAAGAAAUGCAAGCCAUGGAAUGGCGAUGUUCUUGAGGAGACGCGCCCGCAGUCAAGCUCGGGGAAAAUAGUAGGAUUUGCUGAUGAGAGCGCUGAUGCCAAUGACAGCAACGCGGUUGAAGAGGAUGCCGAAACGGGGAAGACAAGCCCAUUGCAGGAAAUAUCCUCCGAUGAAGCCCUACUACAGCACUCCAGUCAAUGGUCUACCAUUGAAAAAGACUCAGUGGAAGAGAUGUCUGAAGGAGAACAGUAGGGGUGUUGUUCUUUCGGUGUCAUGAGCCAGCGUGGUUCCAUACUGCGCAUCUGAUGUUUUUCUCCCUUAUGACGAAAUGUAUUGUUUAGAGCCAGCUUUUCUGGAAG